GAGGGAGCAGGUACAUCAGCCGGAAUAGGAUCAGAGCCAGGGACUGGCCUCAGAGAAGGGUCAGUGCAGGGAAGGAGGAACCCCAAUAUUUACUGAGGGCCCAGUAGGUACUAGGGGGUGGCUUUUCUCAUAUAUUACAGUGGCCCUGCAAGGUGUUACUUUCUCACAUUACAGAUGAGGAACUGAGGCUCAGAGAGGUAGGUAAACUCAUCCAUAGUCACACAGCUAGUAGAUUGCAUGAAAGCCCAUGCUCCCUUUGGGGAGGUGUCUGUAGUAAGUGGAAAGGAUUGAAAGGGAGUGCUGAAAAUCGGGGGCUCGGGAAGUCCUAUGAAGGCAAGCUCUCUAGUGGUUCUUUUUUGUUUUUCUUUGUUUCAAGGCAACCCUGGUUAAAAAUAUCUAAGAGCAUAUCUCAGCAGAACUCCAGCUGCCGCCUGGUUGCUUCACAAUACCUCAUGGCUCGAGGCUGUCCCAAGCUCUUCCCCUUCCCCCCAUCCCUUCUUCUUCCCAUCAGGUCACCCCAUUCCUCCCAGACCGUACUGUCCUCUGAAUCCUCCUCAUGGCCCUCACAGGAGGCCUACUGAAUGACCUGUGGAUCCACGUGUAUGGCAUGAGCCAAGCUGACCCACUCUGGUGCCCUCAGGGUCCUCAUCCACUAAGGGAUGGGGCUAGCCUUCUAGAAUUUCACUAUGACAGCACUAUGGGUCUUUGGGGCCCUGAAGAUCCAUUUGUAAGUUUUGGACUCUCAGCUUCCUUCUGGAGACGCCACAGUGCAAAAUCAUUGCUCCGUGAUUGGAGACAGGGAUGCACAUGAAAAGAAACUCCAGCUCUCAUUCUCAAAGAUAUGUGUCCUUACCAUUUCAAACUCCCGCAUCAUCACCUCUAAACUGGGGAACAGCAGUGGCACCCCCUCUGUGGCGGGGGGGGGGGCAGGGGGAGUUGUCUAGCACUAAGUCCAAUGUGAAGACCGUGGGCAGGAUUGGUUUGGAGCAGUGUGGUGAGGUCUCCCUCCGUCUGUGCUCUGCAGCCAGUGGACUUUUCCUUCAUGACAGUUAGUGCCAAACCCACUGCCUUUCCUGGCAAAGUACACAGAAACCAUCUUCCUUGACUCAUGCAAGAAGCCAGGAUGGAAACCUCAGCCCCCACAAAGGACUAUGACAUGACAACAGAAUAUGACUAUGAGGGCAUAACCCCAUGCCAGAAGGGAGAGGUGAGGGCCUUUGGAGCUCAGCUGCUGCCCCCCUUGUACUCGCUGGUGUUCAUCAUUGGCCUGGUGGGCAACAUCCUGGUGCUCCUGGUCCUCAUGCAGUACAAGAGGCUCAAGAGCAUGACCAGCAUCUACCUCCUCAAUCUGGCCAUUUCAGACCUGCUCUUCCUCUUCACGCUGCCCUUCUGGAUCGACUACAAGCUAAAGGAUGACUGGAUUUUCAGUGAUGGCACCUGUAAGUUGCUCUCGGGGCUUUAUUACACAGGCUUGUAUAGCGAGAUCUUUUUCAUCAUCCUGCUGACCUUCGACAGGUACCUGGCCAUCGUCCACGCCGUGUUUGCCCUGAGGGCUCGGACUGUCAUCUUUGGGAUCAUCACCAGCAUUGGCGCCUGGGGCCUGGCCAUCUUGGCCUCCAUCCCAGGCUUCUACUAUUCCAAGAUCCAGCGGGAGUUCUCCCAUAGCACCUGCAGCCUCCACUUCCCUCACGGAAGCCUCAAAGCCUGGAAACAGUUCCAGGCUCUGAAACUGAACAUGUUGGGGCUGGUUCUGCCUCUGUUGGUCAUGAUCAUCUGCUACACAGAGAUCAUACAGAUUCUGCUCAAACGACCCAACGAGAAGAAAGCCAAAGCCGUCCGUCUGAUCUUUGUCAUCAUGAUCGUCUUCUUUCUCUUCUGGACCCCCUACAACCUGGCAGUGCUGGUCUCUGCUUUCCAAGACAGCCUCUUCACCGAUGAGUGCAGGCAGAGCAAACAGCUGGACCUGGCCUUGCAGGUGACGGAGGUGAUCGCCUACACGCACUGCUGCGCCAACCCCGUCAUCUACGCCUUCGUCGGGGAGAGGUUCCGCAGGUACCUGCGCCAGCUGUUCAGCCGGCUGCUGUCCGCGCGCCUGCUUAAAUGGCUCCCCUUCCUCUCCACUGAUAGGCUCGAGAGGGCCAGCUCCGUGUCCCCCUCCACCGCGGAGCAUGAACUCUCCGCUGGGUUCUGACUCGGGUCCCUGGAGGCCGGUCCGGGACCCAGCAAGGGCGACCUACCCGGCACGCUGACCCAAGCCGAGGCACGUUGGGACACCUGGCGCAGCACAGAAUUGCAGACGCGUGGGGGUGAGGAAGUUUAAUGGCGGUCUAGACUGAAUAAUUUCCGGGGCGACUGAGUCCUCUCCAAGAACUCCCCCGUGGUAGAAAGGAGGUGAAGGAGCGGAAUGGGACAUUCCAGAAGACCGGGACGGAGGGUGUCAGGGAAGAGCUUGGGCCCAAAGGGGAGUUCAGACUUGUGAGCAUCACCAUUUGUAAAUAGAGCCACUGAGCAUCCCGGGGCCCCUGCCCCUGCCCCCACCACCAGUACACUUGGAAGUAGUGAUUUCCUGCUGACUGGAUUCUGAUCGGGGAGCCAAUCAGGAGCCAGCAGCCUCCUCCCCAACCUCACCUACCCCCACCCCACGGCAGGGUUUAGGCUCUUGGAAACCCCGAGGAACCGAGAACUCUAUGAUGGAACGACUCGAGCCCUAGAGGGAAAUGGGAUUGGGGAACUGCCCUCGGCAGUGGAAGGGAGAAAGCCCUUGGGGAGAAUUUUUAUAUUUGCAAAAAUCAAAACAAUUCAGGCAGUGGGCUAGACACAGAUCGCCCGCAUAAUACGUCUGACUUCUUGAAAUAGCCACAGAGGGGAGGGAGUCUUUAUUUCCAUCUACCAGUUUCUUCUUUCUGAGUAUUUUCCAGAAUCUCCCUUCCUUGUAAGUUGGAUGAGGCGGGAGUACAUUCUGAUGGCUUUAUUGCAGAAAUUAAUAUCAGGCAAAAGGAGACAGGGUCAGUUUCCCUGCUCUGCUUCCCCACUGAAGCCUUCUGGUUUUACGGAUCAGAGUUCUGGCUGUUACGUUGGACCCAUCCGCAGGAAAAAUGACCUGGUGUGCAAGCUGACAGUGUCUGAGGCUGAGAGGGAGGGGGGCGGUGAGGUGGGAACUCACCCACCUUGAUGUGGAAGGUUGAGAGGACCCUUAAGUAAAAGAAACAUAUUUCCCCUAAAUGUCCUUAACACUUAAUCUCUCACCAGGGACCUCCUGGUCAUCACGUCUUUCUUCCCUUUUCCCUAGGAUGUGUAUUUCUUUAAAAUCAUUUUCCCAGUAACAAAAACACAGCUUAAAAACUCAAAGGGAAAAAGAGAACACCCAAAGCACCCAAUUCUCACUACCCAAAGACAACGACUGUGCGCUCUUCUAUGUAUUCUCUUUUAGUUUCGUGUCUGUUUUCUCCUGUGGGUAUUUACAACGAUGACAAAGACGGACUUCGACUGUACUCUUGUAGUUUUUGUUUUUGAGUAGAAGUAUGUUGGGGGUCUCUUUCCCAGGUGAAUAAAUCAUAUUAAAGCACUGUUUCUGAAGGC